AUGUACCCAUUCGCGCAGGGCGGAGAAAAAUGGAGCAGAUCUGGCACCGGCACCGACGAUACCGCCACCAGGACCGACUCCCGGCAGCGCGGGAUAUUCGUUACGGACGACAAGUUCUCAGACGUCAUACGCGCCCUGCAGCGGCGAGGCUGGACCCGGUCUGGUAACGCUAACAGCCCCAACUUCGACCUGAAAUGGCGGAAUCUAAGCAACAUCAACUUCCGCCUUCUCCGGAAACACCAGGGUGGCCGACAAAAAAAAAAAGAAGGGAAACGCACCGCUGUCGGACGUUCUGGGUCGGCUGUUGACCCGCCGACUCCGGCUACUUGCAUUUUCCUUUUGGUUUUCGAACGAAAGGGAGUGUCGCUUGUCACCGAACUGUUCGGUCCGUCUCACGAGUAA